GAUUUCGGUUUAGAGGAGAGGCAGCGAUCAGAGUCGAGCAUGGUGAGGUGUGGUGCCGGGAACGAGGAGAUCGUCUUCAGAGACAAGUUCCGCAACAGAUGCUCGAAGUUCCUGGAAGACUUGUGCUUCAAGAACACCAAAGAAUGCGCAAGUCAUGAACUGUUGGAUCAGAUUUACGACGCUGUGUGCAGCCUGCGAGAAAUGCAAUCAACAAGCGUCGAUAUGAUCAGAGUAUGCUGUGCAUAUGCGGAAUUCACGUGUGACAGGAUUUUGGACAAGACACACGGUAGUGGUCUCACGAUGGAAAGUAAGGUUCCGGAUUUACUAUGAGAGGAAGGAGAGUUAGGUCACGAGAGCGACAGGAGAUGAGUGAGUGCGCGUGUACAAAGAGAGCUUGGUUUUUGAUUCAGCCAAGAUUUCUACAAGUCAUGUUGGUAGUGUGCCCGAAGGACACGCAGGCAUCGUAUCCAGGCCCCUGCAUUCAGCUACCUUUUCCGUGAGUAUUUGGCAACAUCAAGAGCCGAUCGACCGUGUGUCUGAUGAACUUUCAUCAUCCGUGUGCCUUCUAACCUAGGGCAUCACAUUGAGAUCAGCCUUCAUCUCUCGCGGUGGUUCUUCUCCUCGAAGAGAGCGUGUUUGGACCUAACUGUUACGGAGAUGGCAGACCUAAAUACUGCUUAGCUCUCCUUCGUCAGUAAACCAUGUACAGCCCAGCCGUUACAGCGAUUUCCCAUAUUCUGUUUCUCCGCAUCAACCACUGACAUGUUUCCCUGAGGGAUUCCUGUAAAGUGUUCUUUUAAUAUCAUAGUACAGCAAAAUUCUUCUCUUUGGCCUUUCAAGUUCCAGCUCUUUCACUAUCUUCUUCACAUCUUCCAUGCCUUGCACCGCUACUUGCUCGGGGGUCCCUUCCCGGUGAUCUACGCUUGCAAAACUUGCCAUUCGACAGAUGGAAAUUCCAUGGAUUUGUCAAUCUUUGGGCUCAAACAUGCUGCUCUCACCGUGAGAACCUUUGCACUGAUCACUGAACACAUUUUAGACUCUCCAAGUACUAAAAAAUAGUUUUUUUAUAU